UGCGCGCGUGGAGCCGGUCGAGCUCGCGAGUACAGCGCUCUCUGUCACUCAGUCUGGGUUCGUUCUCUGUACCAGAAACACGUGCUCGCCCGCUCUCCCUUCCUCUCUCUGACAGUUAAACAUGGUUGGCUGGGGAUAUUCCAAGGCAAACGGUCCCGCCACUUGGGCCAGCCUUUACCCCAUUGCUGGUGGCAGUCACCAGUCCCCUAUUGACAUCAAGGGGUCGAGUUGCCCGUGCGACAGUAGCCUAACUGCCAUUCGGGCGAUGUAUCAAGACAUCAGGAUCUCGGAGCUCUCCAACAGCGGACAUUCAUGGAAGGCUCAGGUUGCUGGGGGAAGCUCAAGCCUAAAAGGAGGACCUCUGUCGGACGAAUACGUAUUAGAACAGUUCCAUUGCCACUGGGGUAAGACAAACGAAACCGGAUCUGAACACACCGUCAAUGGUCACUGCUACUCUGGGGAGUUGCAUUUGGUGCACUGGAACAAGACCAAGUUUAAGAGUUUUGCUGAAGCUGCAGCUGCUGAGGGUGGUCUUGCUGUACUUGGAAUGUUCCUUGUGGUUGGCAAUGAGCAUGCUGAACUGGGUAAGGUUAGCAAGCUACUCCCCUUCAUUCAACACAAAGGCCAAGCUAUUACAUUGACUGAUCCAGUUAACCCAGCAGCUUUCCUGCCUGGCAGUGGAUCUUAUUGGACCUAUUCUGGCUCCCUCACUACCCCACCUUGCUAUGAAUCCGUCACUUGGAUUGUCUUUGAGGAGCCUAUUCAGCUGUCCCAGGAGCAACUGGAUGCCUUUAGAGCAAUGAAAUCCUACCAUCCCACUGAGUGUUGCCCAGAGGAUGAUCUUGGAGGCUGCCUUGUGGAGAACUAUAGGCCACCAUGUCCUCUCUUUGACAGAGUUGUCCGAUCCUACAAGGACAAGAUGGAGGAAGAGUAAAACAAAGGCUGCAGAAGAAAAGUUAUGGAAGGGGAUUUUAAAGUGCUUAGAAUUUAACAAGAAAAAUAAGUGACACUCUAAACCAUAUCGAAGAUCCCAUAAACAUCCCCAGUAAUUUAUGAAGAGUGAGCAGCAGUAUCAGUGAAAAUUGUUAAUACAAAGGAAAUAGUUUGAAAACGAUUUAAAACAUUGGAACAUCAUAACUUGAAGUAGUCUUACUUUAGUUACACAAACUGAAUACAGUAGAAAUGUUAGAGAUUGGUAACAGUACACUAGACAAGUUAAAUGUACAGUGCAUUUCCAUCUGGAAAAAAGUGCAUGGUAGGCAAGUAUACUUUUAGGAUAUGUAUGGCUUACAAAUGUUUUGUAGAUCUAUGAAUAAUGAAGUUGAGGCAUUCAUUCUGGCCUUUGGCCCCGAGAUAGUUGUUUCCACACAGUUAACAGUACAUGUUACCUCACAUUUGUCUUCCUCAUGUGUUAAGCUAUGUUCACAAGGCACAUGACUUAUAGCUGAUGGAAAGAAGAGCGAUUUGUAGGCUUAAACAAUCCAAGGUAAAAAUCAUUGUUAGGCAGGUGAAACAUUAGUUGUGAUCAUUCAUAUUGAAUAAUGAUUCAGGGGCCAAUUUUUAAGUAUUGCCAAGAGGUUUCAGAUUGUGAUAGUUAUGUCAUAAAUUUUAGUGGCAUGCAGGCUUACCUGGAAGGUGAUUAUUAAUUAAAAUCAUUGUAAAUAAGAGUGUUACCUACCUGUGUACUCAUUGAAUCAGACUUGUAAACACACUUGCAACCAUUUUUUGAUGCGAAUUGGCUGUGCAAAAAUGGAGAAUAUUUGUUAAUUUUAGUAUUUCUUUUGUAGAAAUUUUCCUGCUUUCUGUGUUCGUCCUGUUUUAACACAAGACAACUUUUAUUAAUUUUCUUCAAGCAUGUAGUACAGUAUAUAUAUAUGUAAUCAGUGAAGGAAUUCCUGCUAUUAAUGGAUUCUGUAAGCUGUUAAAGCUCAGAUUAUUUAUUUUCAUGUAUUGAUGAUUGCAUUGUUACACUUGUAUAUAUAUAUCGAUGAUCAACAUGUGAUUGGAACUGCAAAAAAUAAUAAUAAAUUUGAAACUGUUAAAAUCUUCAUGCAACUGUGUGAACGAAUAUUAUUUUUAUGAAGCGUUGCUGUUAUGUACAUAAAAGUUUUUCACACAAAUGCUGAAUCAUCAGUUACAAUGUGAGGUGCAGAAUACAAUCUUGUUAGGCUGUUUGAAAUAUAACAACCUGGCAAGGCAUUUUUUCAGAUUGUUGAUGAAAAGUGGCAAGUUGUUAACCAGAUAUAUGAACAUAAGCUACAUGUGAUGAGGCAAACUAUAUAAUAUUAAAACAUAGUAUUAUA